AUGGUGGGUUGUCGACGAAUUUUCAGCAACCUUAUGAGUAGUACAUUACACAUAUACAUGUGUCGCGAUAUCUUGAAUAUCCGGCUGAGACAUGAGGCGGCCUGGUGCGGCACAUUCAGUUGCCUGAGAACAUCACAAACGAGAGAUUCAGCUGGGUUCCAGCUUGCCAAGUAUCCGACACGUGAACCCGCCCAAUUCCUACCUCCAGCUUAUCACUGCGUACCACACAACCGUUCGGAAUCGGUCAACCUGGUCGGUGCAUCGUUGCUUGUCCUGACAAAACCCAUGACGGCUGCACCGUGGUAA